AUGGUGGACUGGAUCCUUACAUCCUUUGCAGCUCUUGCAUGGGCAACUGCGUCAGCUGCAGCCACAGAUACUAAACUGCUAUCAUUUCGCGGCCAGCAACCCAUCCAUUUGAACCUGACCGGCCAUAUACCCGCAGAAAAAGUUCUAGACUUUGUCUUUGUGGACUUUGACGUCCCUGAAGGAACUACUUCGAUUUCUGUUCUACAAAAGUACUCGUUGAAAGGCAAGGGAAAUGCACUAGACCUUGGAUGCUGGGACCAAAGAGGCCAUCAUCUCGCCCUUGAUGGAAACUUCACCACUGGAUUUCGUGGAUGGUCCGGUGGUGCAGGAGAUAACUUUACUAUUACUCCUGAAUAUGCUUCCCCUGGCUACAUUGCGGGUGCCAUCCAGCCCGGUGUCUGGUCUGUAGCCCUGGGCCCAUACAACUCAGUUCCUCAAGGCAUUGACUACGAAUUGAACAUCCAGCUGGGCUUUGAACCCGUGAAGUCCUACUUCCAGCCAGCCUUUGCACCAAGCUUUGUAGACAGCAGCCUGUAUAUGAACGAGUCAGAGAGCAAUAUUCACCAGCUGAAAAGCGGAAACGGACAGUCUGGUUUGAGAUGGUACAGAGGGGACUUCCGUAUUCACACUAUAUACUCCGAUGGCAAACAGACACCUCAAAGAGUUGCAGAGCUUGCCCAGGAAGCCAAUCUUUCGUUCUUCUUCAGUACAGAUCACAACACGCAAUCAUCGGGCUUGAUUUGGGGUGCUGUCGCUCCGCCAUCUCUACUUGUUGGAAGAGGCAUCGAGGUGACCACCCGCGGCGGGCACUGGAAUGCACUGGGUCUCAACUGGAACGAAUGGGUCGAAUUUCGUUAUAAGGGGAACGAUAGCGCCGCUAUCUCCCAGGCUGUUCGACGGGUUCAGCGUCAAGGAGGUCUUGCAGUGGCUAAUCAUCCGUUUGUCAACGACUGCCUUGCGUGCGACUGGUCAUUUAGCUUCGAUAUCAUGGAUGGACUGGAAGUCUGGAACGGAGUUUGGAACGAUUUUGAUAGGAAGGCCGUCGAUAAGUGGCACAGUAUGCUUGUUCAGGGGUCAAGGGUAUUUGCUAUCGGUGGAAGCGACUAUCAUAACUCCCCGUCUGCUGUUGGUGUGCCUACUACUGUGGUUCGCUCGGAGAGUUUGUCAACGGCACAUAUCAUUGAUGGUCUUCGUCUAAACCGGGCGUAUAUCGUCCGGGACCCAAGCAUUGAUAUCCAGUUCACCCUCAGCUACCACGGCGAUACAAUUCAUGUCGGUGACAAAGUCAGGGGCAAAAAAGAAAACAAUACCCAUGGCCCCAUAUUGGUAGCUCUGGAGGUGAAGGGUCUUCCUGAGAAUGCUGUCGCUCUUUUUCUGUCCGACAAAGGCCUACUUAAGCGCCAGGCUAUCGUACAGGGGGAUCAUGUUCUUCAUGCCAAAGUUGAUUCGACAAACUCCUUUAUCCGAACGGAAAUCCAAGAUUCAACCGGCUCCAUGCUAGCCAUGACCAAUGCAAUUUGGAUAUGA